GCCCUUGAACCUUCCUGUCUAGUGUAUCUCUUUACCAUUGACACUGGUAAAAAUAGUAAGUUGACUGUACUCGACAGUCUAUUACAGCAUUCACUCUCUGCCCCACUAUGUCUGCAACACAGACUGACUAAAAGUGUUCUUUUUCUUAUAAAAUGACCAUACAAGAGUUUCUUUUUUUAUAGGCUAUAUAGUAAUAGUCUUGCUCUCAGCAUAAGCUCUGCUCAUUUCUUUUAUCUGUCGUCCUUUAGUCUGUCUGCAAUGGGUGUGAAGCUGUAGUUUUUCAUGUAGAUUUUUUUUUUUUUUUUUCUAGAAUGCUUCUGUGUCUGCCAAAGCAAAUUUCACUAUUACUAUUGCUCAUACUUUCGGUUAUGGAUUUGAAUAAACCCUAAACCUUAAGUAUUAAACUUUGGCAUGUAACUCAUUCUGCACAGUUUCUGCUACUACAAACAUGAAUGAAAUGUCAAAUCUUGCAGUUUGUUGAGGAGAGAUGUGCUGUUACUUUUCUAAACAAUGGGAUGUGUGAAUUUCACCUGGCAGACAAUGAAAAUGAUAAAUAGACUUAUUCGAGGAGGGACCUGAGCCAUAUCUAGGGACCAGGAUGUCAUAAAGACUUUAAGAUAGGCUUUUCUGACUUGGACCACCUAACAACCAUCCAGAGCAUGCUACUAACUCCAUAGCAAUCUGAUGAAAUAAUUCAGAAUAACUUUGCAACCACUUAUAAACCCAUGCAACACCUUUGUGGCUGUGAUGUUUUAGCACCGCUCAUAUUUUCAUUAGCAAAUGUUAAAAUCUAGUUAUUCUCUGGCCACUAUCAAUCUGCCAUUGAUAGUACAUAAAAACAAAGACAAAUUAAAUGAAACAUUCACCCAAAAAUAAAAAUUCUGUAAUAAUUUACUCACCCUCCUAUUCCAAAAGCUCUUUUUUAAAACAAAAAAAAUAAUCUUCUGGUUGCUCUUUUCCAUAAGCCAUGGACUGAAGUUUUCAAUGAUGUAUCAUCUUUGUGUGAACAGACCAAAAUAUGUUUUUAUUCACUGAAAAUCUUGACAUUUGCUCUAGCUUUCUUUGGCGCCUCCUUGAAAGGUCAUGAAAGAAGUUAUUUUACGUUUCUUUUGAGUCUGAUCUUUUCAAUGAAUCAAUUGACUCAGUUCACAAAACCUUUUUGAACCUUUUUAUCUCAUUGACUCUGAUUUGGUCACUGGAAAGAAAGUGAAUACAUUUUGGUGUGUUCCUCACACAAAGCUAUCAUGCAAAAGACAUUUUAGACAGUUGUAUGGACAACAUUUAUGAUACUUUCAUGGUGAUUGAAAGCUUUAGUUCCAGUAACUCAUUGUAACUGCAGCGACCAGUACGUUCUUCUGAAUUUCUUGUUUUGUACUGUAAGGUUCAGAUGAACCUGAAGAUGAGUAAAUAAUGACUGAAUUGCCUUUUUUGGCUGUACUAUUCCUUUAAUCACUGCUUUAUUCCACCUCUAAUCCGGCCAAGUAUUGGCUUCUCAGAAUUUGAUUUCCUCUCAGUUCUUUUUUAUUUCUCUAUUUCUCCUUCAACUUCACAUGUUUUUAAAAUGCCUUGUUCUGUCACGAUCCCCUUCUCUCUCUUCCUUUCUCUGUGGCCGUCUCUCUUCUCCUCUUUUCCCCAACUCUGUCUUGCCCCAUCCCUUUCUUUCCCCAUCCCUCCUUCCUCUCUCUCUCAGCAUGGCCGAACAGACUUUUCAUGGGAUGGAAUCAAUUUGUCCAUGGAGGACACAACCUCAAUCCUCCCUCGGCUGAAGAAGCGGAACUCCAAUGCCUAUGGAAUCGGCGCUCUGGCUAAGUCCUCUCUGACAGGUGUGUCAGGAGUGUCUCGCUCCAUGAAGGACAAGGUUACAAAGCCGACAGCGAUGGCCCAGGGGCGCGUGGCUCACAUGAUUGAGUGGCAGAGCUGGGGCAUGCAGACGGUGGGCGCGGGGGGUACAGGAACGGGACGCACCUCCAGUCUGCACCUCCAACAAGAGCGCAAGCUGGAGAAUGACGCAUACAGCGACCUCAGUGACGGAGAGAAGGAGGCUCGCUUCGCUGCAGGUGUGCUUCAGCAGUUUGCUAUCUCUGAGGCGACGCUGCUGGCCUGGAGCUCUAUGGAUGGGGAGAGCACAAGCGUCGGAUCUAAUCAAGGGAGCGUAGCCCACCUGAGCGAGGCCAACCAGGAAAGCAUCACCAGCCGAGACCAGAUAAUGCACCAUUCAUCUGCAGAGGUUUGGCCCCACAACUACGUCUCCCAGGGUCUUUACUGCCUUUCUUCCUCUGAUGCUUGGGAGCCAAUUAGUAAUGAACAGUCAGGUGUCGCCUCUCCUGCCACUGGUUCAUAUGUCAUGGCAGUCGGGAAUGAGGGUGGAUAUGACCCAAAUACUGCAGCUCACUUCCUGUCCCAACAGCAACAGCAGCAGUAUCAGAACCAGUUACACCAGUUCCAGCAACUGCAGCAGAUGCAGCAAUACCAGCAGCAACAGCUCCUGCAGUAUCAACAACAGCAACAGAUGUUGGAGCAAAGACUACACAGUGCCACUCAUUCUUUACAAGCUACUCCCAACAGCACCGUCCACAGCCUGCCUUCCCGUACUCACCCCCCAUUAGUGGAUCUGUGGGGGGCAGCGCAGACAGAGACCUAUCAGGCAGACUUGGUGGGCUACAUGGGCAUGCCUGUAGCAGUAGAUGGAAAUCUAACAGUCCCCACAGAGGAGGUGACGACAGAUCACUCACCUUUACUGGAAGCCCAGGAGGAGGAAGAGAUCAAAGAGGAAGAUAUAACGUUAUGUAUGGAACCAGAACAAGUGACAUUAAUUCCAUCUCCAGUGACGCAGAGAGAGGAAGUGACCUCAAUGGGAGGAAGCAGUCCAGGUCAAGCCCCUGGAGAAUUUAUUACAGAGCGGAAGGCGUCUGAUGUCUCACCAUCUGUAAUUGAAGAGCUUGAAGAAAAGGAGGAGGAGUCAGAAUCCUCAACUGUAGACAUCAAGACAACCAAUUAAGUGGCCGGCGAGAGACUUGAGCUGGUUUUGACAGACAUUUCAAUCAGCAUAAUCAAACAAUAACAACUCCUAUUUCAGGAAUAACACUAUUGUGAUGGAAUUCAAGUGACUGCUCGAACCCAAAGUGGAAACGCAGAACUGAAAGUUACUGCACUGCGUACGUGAACUCUGAUUUUUUUGUUUGUUUGUUUUUUGUUUUUUGUAAGCCUUAUAUUAUGGAUGUCUGAAAAA